AUGAGUUCGAGUCCAGAGACACCGUUUAGCAAAAUGGAUAGUUUAUUUCCCAGAAAGAGACGACGACCUUCCUUCGAGCUUUUGUUCAAGGACAACAAAGAGAUGGAUCCAAUGGAGGUAAGGAUCUAUAUGACAUGCGGGGACCGCCAGCAGGUCAUAGAUGGCGCCGAGGACGACCAGCUCAUCGAAGCGCCUUCAAGCCAAUCCAUGCCGGGCGACGGCGGUAUCUACAAGGAACCGGAACCAGUAGACAGCCUCUCCGCCCGACACACUAUAACUCCCAACAGCCCCAAGUAUGUGCCGGCACUCGUGAACCGACGAAUAUACCCUGUUACAACCCUGCCACCACGAAACUGGGUUGAACUCGAGAGCAGCCUGAAAGAAGACCAGCCGGCAGCGGAGCCGCAGGAGGAGUCCGUUUUGAUCCUCGAGGAGACGGCGAAACGGGUGACAAGCGUGGGGUUGGUCUCACACCUCAUGCUCCCGAUGAUCAUCAACCUCAAGGCGAUUCUCUACCAGGAGAACGUGCGGAUGGCAAUCCAAGCUGUAUGGAAGACCGAUAUCUCGUUCGUCACCACAGGUCUCCCGACUUUCGAUAUUGCCGACCCCUCACCGACGUUGACAGUCGGGUAUAAUCUGAAACACGUGAAGCUGCCGUCGAAAGUGAUGGAUAUCCUGGGCAGCUCUGUGCGGCCGGUCGCUUGCGACAACAGCCUAAUCGUUCCCUGUUUCACGCUGGAAGUCGACGAGGUGCCAGAGGUCGCGGAGCGAAAGAACUUACUCAACGCGGCGAUAAUGCUCCGGGCGCUGCGGUGCCUACGGACGUAUGCGGGAAUCAGCGAGACAACGGUGCGGCAGACAUUCGACUGGCAGGCGACGGUGCUGACUGCGACGCUGUCGAGAAACAUGCUCGGUCUACAUUGCCAUUACACGACGACGAACACGGUGGGCGCGGUGGAAUACCACGCAAAAACCGUCAAGAAGUGGCCUGUCCAAGCCACGACGGCGCGCGAGGGGAUUAAGUACGUGCGCAACGCGGUUUCGUGGGCGAUGCGGCACAACUGGCAAUGGAUUCCUAAAGAUUUAGAAAGUUGA